AUGUACGCUUUUCAUUUUCGUCAUGUAAGCAGAAAAAAAUUCGAAAAAUUUAAUUACGAGAUAUUCCAUCACCACUUUUCUUCACCUUAUUUUGCAGAUUUCGAGAAUGAGCGCCAUUUUGAGCCGGGUGAGGAUGUGCCAAAACGUGUAUGGUCGGCACUCAAAUACGAUAUAAAACGCUGGAAGCGACUAUGCAUUAUUUUGCAGGCGCAAAUGGAUCCAUAUCAGCGGAAUAAUCCGAUCGCUCACAUCAAACGGCAAACCAUGGAUUUGGAAUUGUUCCCAUUUGCAGCUGAAGAAAUCAAACAUCGAAAAUACUCACUGUUUUGUUCAUUUUUUGCAGACAAUGAUCCGCCGGAUGUACAUUUUUUACCGAUGAGCUUUAUGUAUUUGGCAUGUACACCGGAAGAUGUUGAGCGAUUGAAAAGAAACUGGAAAGUACAGACACAGCAUGGUGCACGAGUUGAUUUGCUUACUCGUGAUCAGCUGCGCGAACGAUUUCCAUUUAUCAAUUUUGAUGAUGUUUUGCUUGGAUCAUGCGGCUUGGAAAAUGAAGGUACAAUCGAUGCUUGGCAGCUGCUUUCUGCCAUACGUGAGAAAAAUCUCACCUUGGGUGUCCAGUAUAUCAAAGGUGAAGUAGAAGGGUUCUUUUUUGAACGAAAAUAUGGAACGCAUGAUGUACACGGUAUCGAAGAUGAUGCUGACGAAUUGAUGUGGCGAAAUGUUAGCAUUAAGGGAGCCUAUAUACGGCCACAAAUGACCGAUGCUUCGGCGCGGAUAGUGCGAACAAAUCAGAUUGUUGUUGCUGCUGGGAAGGGACGUGAUUUGUUAGCAGUUGAGCUGCCCGUCCGUGCACGAAAACGCAUGGUAUUCGUUGUGCAUGCCCCAGAUGUUCCAGCUUUAGAUAUGCCUGCACUUUUUGAUCCAUCCGGUGUUUAUUGUUUGAUGGAAGAAGUUGGCAAUACAUUCAUUUGUGGAAAAAUCCCAAGCAAGGAAGAAGAUGAAAAAAUAGAUCAUUCAAAUCUAGAAAUUGAUUAUGAUUAUUUCUAUGACAGCAUUUGGCCAACAUUGGCGAAGCGUGUUCCGGCAUUUAAAAAUUUGAAGGAAGAAGAUGAAAAAAUAGACCAUUCAAAUCUGGAAAUUGAUUAUGAUUAUUUCUAUGAAAGCAUUUGGCCAACAUUAGCGAAGCGUGUUCCGGCAUUUAAAAAUUUGAAGGAUGUGAAUACGUUUGAUAAUUCCCCAAUUAUCGGCGAGCACUUGCUGUAUAAAAAUGUGCAUUUUCUUUGUGGAUUUGGCAAUCGUGGAAUGCAACAUGCGUUGGCCGUUGGUCGAAGUUAUUCCGAGAAACUUCUGGAAGGCGCCUACAUUUCACUGAAUUUACGAAAGUUUGAUAUGCGAAGGCUUGUUAAGAUGGAAAAAUUACAGGAGGAAUAUGGUUAA